AUGCACUCGGAGAAGGAUGCGGCCGCUGGGGCCGGGCCUACUGUGGCUACUCGGGGCUCGAACGGGUGGGAGAAGCCCACAGCGCUCGCCUCUCGCGGGGUCCCAACCACGGAGCUCCAGUUCCGCUGGGAGUCGCCGAGGCGAGAAGCAGAAAUGCCGCCGGCCUCCGGUUGUGGGGGUGGCGCCGACAAACCACGCGAGGAGAAGAGGCCGGUGCUGAACAAGGUUGUCAUACGGCGGCUGCCUCCUAGUCUCACGAAGGAGCAGCUGGAAGAGCAGCUACGUCCACUCCCUGCGCACGAUUACUUUGAAUUCUGUACUGCUGAUCUCAGCCUUUAUCCUCAUCUCUACUCAAGAGCAUACAUUAAUUUUAGAAAUCCUGAUGACAUCCUUCUGUUCAGAGACCGUUUUGAUGGCUUUGUCUUCAUUGACAGUAAAGGCUUAGAAUAUCCUGCCGUGGUAGAAUUUGCUCCAUUCCAAAAGAUAUCCAAAAAGAAGCUAAAGAAAAAAGAUGCCAAAACUGGAAGCAUUGAAGAUGACCUAGACUAUAAGAAGUUUCUGGAAGCUUACUGUGUGGAGGAAGAGAAAAUCGUAGCCAGUCCUGAGUCUCUUCUGGGGGAGAUCGAAGCCAAGACAAGAGAACUCAUUGCUAGAAGAACCACACCUCUUUUGGAAUAUAUUAAAAAUAGAAAACUGGAGAAGCAGCGAAUUCGAGAAGAGAAGCGAGAAGAACGAAGGAGACGGGAAUUAGAAAAGAAACGCUUACGGGAAGAAGAGAAAAGAAAAAGAAGAGAGGAAGAAAGAUGUAAGAGAAAGGAGGCCGACAAACAGAAGAAAACUAUUGAGGAAGAAAGAAAGAUCAAGCUUCUUAAGAAACCUGAAAAGGGAGAGGAACCAACCACAGAGAAACCAAAAGAAAGAGGAGAGGAAAUUGGUAUUGGAGAUGGAAAAUGGGAAAAAUUUCCUAGCUGUCCAGUCAUAAAAUCCAAGUCUUUAGAAAGCUCACAGAAGAAACUCAAGGAAAAGUCACAAAAUGACAGUGAGAAAGAGCAAAGGGAUACGGAGAGAAGAUUUCGAGAAAAAGAGCUUGAAACACAGAGAUGUCACUUGGAUGAUGGCAGGAAGCGUAGUGCUCACUGUGAAUUCGAUAAGUUUCUGAGAAGGACCGAAGAUGAGCUGAAAUGGGGGAAAGGGCUCCCUGCAGACCAAGGGAAGCCCACCUGCAGCUUCUCGGUGGAGGCGGUAGAGAGACUGGGGACAGAGAAGUGCGGUAGUGUCGCGGCACCCAGAAAGGAGCGCACGAGAAACAAGGAUCGGCCAGCCAUACAGUUGUACCAGCCAGGGGCUCGCAUCCGACCCCGCGUGAGCCUUACAAGCAGCACCUGUGAGUGUGUUGGGCUUCCACCUGCUGAGGAGAGCUCUGAGGGGAUGAAGGACCAGGCAGACGCCUCACCUGGGGCCACUUCGAAGAAGAGUGAAGAGUCCACCCACGAGUAA